AUGUCUGUUUACGGCAAGAACUGGAGUUCGUUUCGAAAGAGAACACGUCUUCUGGCGGAUGCACCAGUUUUUUCCAGCGACGAAGAAAAUGAAGAAUUCACUGAUAUAACCGAGCCCACUUCAGUUUCAGACAAACUAAUGUCAGUGAUUCAAGAUUCUCACGUAGUUACCAAGAUAGGAGAGCAAGAAUUGCUUCCCUCGGCUGAGAUUAAUUCGAAUUGGAAAACAUACAAAUCUGUGCAGCAUCACAAACGCAGCCUUUCAGAUUUCAAUCUUUCAGAUUCUCUCACUACUUCUCCACAGAAGCUAGUAACUGUAGUCAACGCGCUCAGCAACUCACCAAGCCCAGUGAAAAGUCGGGCUAAACGAAGACUUGAAGACGAAUUAAAGGAUUUGGCAAAAACUCCACCGAGAAACAAAUCCAAGAACAAUAAUAGAGAGCAAGUCACUCCUGCUAAGAGUACGAAUUCAACUGCAAAGAGAACUCCUACAUUCACACCCAAAGAAGCACGCGACUGGGAUUCCUUGUUCGAAAGCAUAGAUGACGAACUGGUUGGUCGAAAUACCUUUCUAACGUCUCAAAAUGAUAGUGACAACCAUGGUGAAGAAACGGACAACGACGAUGGAGAAAUAAACGUAGAUUUGUCAGUAUUUUCUUCCUAUGUAGAAAACUCAAAUACUUCCCCAAGUCGAAAUUCUAGCGAAAGGAUACUGAAAGGAACCGCAAAAUCGAAGCUUAGAACAUAUGGGGAUGAGCGAAGCUUUCUUCUAGAAGGAAAUGAAGAAGAAAACUCGAAAGUAUCUAUUGGCGAUGAAAUACCAGUUGUGGAAGAUGUGUUAAGCAUCAAUGAUCUCAGAAGUAUCAGCAAAGAAAACCAACGAAAGGAAGCUCUAGACUAUAUUUUGGAAGGAUUGCAAUUUACUGAUUGCAAGAACUUGGCCACUGGAAAUGCUGUAUUGGUAUCAUUGCUAGUAGACUUAGCCAUCGAGUCGAUCAAGAAUGGUUCAAAUGCACUUGAAAGAAACGGUGAAAUCAUCGCAACUAGGUUGCUAGCCAUUUAUGAAAAUAUUAUUAAUUCUAAGGGCAAUGGAAAAGAUGUUUUGUGUUGGCUAGUUAGUGUGAACUUUCUCUUUUUAGCAGCAUCAGCAACUCGGACUGAACAAGUUGCUAUCAGUCAGACUUUCAGACAUUGCCUAUUAUCAAUUCUCAAACUGCUUGGGGUCACUUACAGUUCCAAUGGUUUGCCUAUUUUGGUAAAGAAAUCUCUUUUGCAAUUGCUGGACAUAUUGCAAAUUGAAACUCCUCUCCAAGUGCAAUUGAUAGAAGUGAUGAGCAAUGUUCCUGAUUUCCACAGAGCAGACAUAUUUGAACAUGUCAUUCAAUUGUUUGCAACCGAGACUAGAUUGACCAACAAGAUGAAGCUAUUAAGCUAUAUCCAAUCGUAUGUUGAAAGAUCGCCUGAAUUGGAUAGUCUUUACGAUCUCGAAAUUUGUAUAUUAGAAUCUAUGAACAAGAUAGAUUUUGUACAACUUGACGAUCUAGAUGUUCAAGUGUUAAAGUUGGUCGUUGUGCUAUCUACAUCUUAUGACAAUAAUGAGCGAGUUGCCGAAUUGCUAUUUGAUCCCAAAUAUGUUUCGCCCAUGAUAAGGUAUAUCAAUAGCAGCUACAGUUGCUUAAACGACGAAUAUCGGCUCAACAUAGCAUUGUUUCUCUUGGGAUUCUUGAUAAACUUUGUUGAGUCUGACCGGUUCGAAUUGCAAAAGUUUGAUGAUGUUAGAGAUAACAUAGCUAUAUUUGAAGCAAUUGAUGCUAGUGCAAAGGACGAGGCUUCCGGUCACCUAAUAGGCUACAACAGUAUAGUUUUGACAUACUUACUGUUGAAGUAUAGUGAAGAUCUCGACAUAGAUAUUCAACAUCUAAAACACAAGUUGGACCAUUUCAAGGAGAAGAUAGCUAAUACCAGAAUCAAGACCAAGAUUGAUAGUUUGCUUACAGAAUUGGCUAAAUAA